GGUAGUGGGAAAGAUAACAGAAAAUGAAAGAAAUGUAAAGAAAAACAAGAACCCUAGUCCCCGGAAAGAUCUAACCACCGCAUCUAGUGGGUCGUCUCCAUUUCCCUCUCGUUGCAACUACCCCAUCGUUCCCGGAUUCACACAAGUCUGUAUAUCGUACUUCAUCGACUCCCAUACCUUAGCGAGGAGCACCCUGACAUCAUCGUCUCCACCGAAUCAGUUCUCAUAUCCCUUACUGUGAUUGUGCACAGUGCAUUUCGCCUCAGUUUGAAAACAUUUUACCCUGAACUCCACACAUUGCUCUUCUAACACCCCUGAACCUGUUAUUAUUCUCCUUCUUAUGUGUCCCAGCCAUGUCCGAGGCCUUUGACCUCGUAUCCAGUCAACCAUACACCAAGUGGACUGUCCUACACGUCUCCGAGUGUGCUGUUAAUCAUGGUAUCGAGCACAUAUUCAGCAAAUUGAUUACUAAAAUUGGAGAUCCUAUUGACUUUGAACUUCCCGACUGGUUAAAUAAGUGGCAGCCUAUGCCAUACACCAAUAUAAGACGCAAUGUAUAUCGCACCAAGAGGAUUAAGAAGCGUUUGGAAGAUGAUGGCAUUUUUUGUUCCUGCAACUCUAUAGCUGGAUCUUCUGGUGUCUGUGGUAGGGAUUGCCUCUGCAGCUUGCUAAUGUCUUGCUGCUCCUCUGGAUGUAAAUGUAAUUCAUCAUGCCUCAAUAAACCUUUCCAGCAACGCCUUGCCAAGAAGCUGAGAAUAGUUAAGACAGAGAAAUGCGGCUCAGGUAUUGUGGCUGAUGAAGAUAUUAAGUGUAAAGACUUCAUUAUAGAAUAUGUUGGGGAAGUUAUUGAUGAUAAGACGUGCGAGGAGAGACUCUGGAAAAUGAAGCAUAGCGGGGAAACUAAUUUUUACUUGUGUGAAAUCAACCGGGAUACAGUCAUUGAUGCAACUUACAAGGGAAACAAAUCAAGAUACAUUAAUCAUAGUUGCUGUCCAAAUACUGAGAUGCAGAAAUGGACGGUUGAUGGAGAAACAAGAAUUGGCAUUUUUGCAACGUGUGACAUAAAAAGGGGCGAGCAUCUAACCUACGAUUAUCAGUUUGUACAAUUUGGUGCAGAUCAGGAUUGCCACUGUGGAGCUGUAGGUUGUCGAAAAAAACUUGGUGUCAAACCAACUAAAACAAAGAUAUCAUCUUCAGAAGCUGCAUUGCAUUUAGUAGCCUGUCAGGUGGCCGCUACAUCACCCAAAGUGAGAGCACUUUUAUCUGCAAGAGAGGCCUAUCAAAAUGGUGGUUUUGUAGCAGGAAGCUCAUUUUAUGAUCCUGCUGAAAGAGUAAGGAGUUCACCCAACUGCAUUGGCCAAGUCAUUAGAAUAAGCCGCUCUUCAGAUAAUGGGUCUUUUGGAAUUAUAAAACACUAUGAUAGCACAACAAGAAAACAUUUGAUAAUGUUUGAAGAUGGAAAGAACGAAUACUUUGACUUGUCAAAAGAAGAUUGGCAACUGUGUUAACUCUUUUUUGUAAAUCACUCAUCAGGAAUGGAGUAAAAAAGUUACAGGACUGUAGAACAUGCUUCUUCUAAUUGACUGAUGUUGAUUGUUAAUCCUUUGCUGUACACUUGUACCAAUCCAGUUUUAUAAUUGUGUACACCAUACUACGCAAUUCUUUUUCUUCAAUUUGUCAGUAAAGCAUGAGAUAGCCAUUACAUUCAUUAAUUCAGAAUGAAUUUCUAGAUAUGAAAGUUGUAACUUGUAGUAGUAUCAUUCGUUCCAUGUAACCAUAGUAAACGUAACAUUAGAAACUCAAAAGUGGUAAAGACGAUUUUCUUGAGAUUCAAAUAUGGAGUACUUUUUGUGUGUGUUGAUUA